GGCACCGAUCGUCCUGUGCGAGAUGUCCUUAUUUCCUGCGUACGGAUCGAACGAUGAAACCACCAAAUCGGAAACGGUCAGCAAACCAUGUGAGCUGGCGUGGCUCACAAACCAGAGCUUCAUACCGUUCACGCUCAACAAUGAACCGGAAGAGGAGCAACAGGAUACGGUAGAUGCAACAGUCGAGACCCCAUCCCACAGAGAUGAUAAAACUCAUCAUCACGCGUCUAAGGAGAGCAAAAAGCGGAAAAGAAAGGAAAAGAAGAAACACAAAAAGAAAUCAUCUAAGCGGCGCCACCGUGAUAGCAGCAGCAGCAGCGGAUCUUCCUCGUCCACGUCCGAAAGUGAGCAAGCUGGUGCUACUGUACAGCCCCCCGUCCGGAUCUCGGAAACCGAUUACUAUACCGACGUCGACGCGUUGAGGAUCUAUUUGACGGUCGAGAAGCUUCACCGUCCCGCAUGCCCACGGUAUCGUCUAUCGAUCACGAAACCACUCGGUUCAGCUGCGGGCAACCACAGACGUACGUUGGAUGAGCGCUACAAGCGGUACUAUCGUGUGCACCGAAAAAAACCGGGAAACCAUGAUGGGGGAACGGAGAGGCCACAAUCGGAGAUCAGUGAGCAAGAGGAGCGGAUGGAACGUUCGCUGCGCACCGAGGAAACGCCCGACAAGUGGAUCGAAUUGAUACGUUUUCGUCAGGCCCAUCCCCUGCCCAAUCUGGACAGCUACCAGAACCACAAACGGGAGCUGGCGAUGAUUGAACGGGCUCGCCAUCGGUUGCCCGGUGAUAAGGUGUUACUCGAUCUCUACCUAGAAGCGAUCGUACGGGUACACCCGACGGACGAGGUGCUUGAGCUGGUGCGCCGUGCCAUCGCGAAGGAUGAAACGAAUGUGCAACUGUGGCGCGCACUGAUACGCAACAAGCAGUGCUCGAUGGCGCAGUGCAUAGUGCCGGAUGUGUUGCGUUUGUACGAGAGCAGCACCCGUGCCCUGUUCAUGGCACGACGGAGCGAUGAAACGAUGCUGCAGCUGUUUAAAAACUGUGCCACCUUCUGUCGCCAGGCGGGCCUCUGUGAGCAGAUGUUCGGAAUGGUACAGCUAACGCUCAGUAUGAACGUUAGCGGACGGUUCGGUGGUGGUGGCAGUGGAAGUCUCUUCGGUUCACCGGAACACUACCACCAGCUGCUGGACUACGAGGAGGUAAUACUGCGAUCGGGUUUACCGAUGAACGAAAUAUGGCUGCGUAUCGAAACGCUACGUACGGCGUUCCACUAUCUACCGUUUGGUGGUGGUCAGCAGCUGCUCAGUGAUCCGCAGAGGAUCAUGCUAAACGAGGAUGUUGUGGGUUUCAUCUAUCCGCUUAUCAACAAGAGUUACUCGUUCGAGCUUACUCUCAUCGUGCUGCGAUUGAUGAAGUAUCCGUUCGUCAACGCGCGGCAUUUCGAGGCCGCCGACUGCUUUCAGGUGGAACCGUUUGAGAUGGAUUAUCCGGAGCAGCUGCUUCCGAUGCUGCUGGACGUCUCGCGGAACCGUACGUAUGAUCGAGAGCUGCAUCGGUUCAUUAAAGGCCUACAAGUGUCACCCUCCUAUCUUAACACCAAUCUGGCCCACGAACAGUACCUGGAGAUGGUGCAACAGUUUCUAACUCGAUCGAUCGAUCACUUCGAGAGUGAACAGAGUGCCUUGCUGUUGGUGCUGUAUCUGCAGCUCGAACGAACGCUCGUAUGCUGGGAAAAGGCUUCAGCGACAGCGGUCAGCUUUGACGAACAGAAAGCCAAACUGAUCCGCGGACGCGUCAAGACCCUGCUGAAACACACGCACUCCUCGAACCAGAAUAAUCUGUUCGUGUACGCCGAGUACGGCCUGUUGGAGUACGAGUUGACAGGCCUGGAAGGAGGAACGGCGGCUUGCCGAAAGAUUUUCGACACCUCGGUACAGGUGCACUGUGCCAAUGCGGAACAAUCGACACUGGAAGAAAAGGAUGAACAGGAGCAUGCAUUCUGUUCCCUCGUUUUAACGAUGGUGGAACUGUUGCUACUGAACGGACACACAUCGGAAGCGGUCCAUGCCCUCACGAAGCUCGUCCUCAAUCCCAGCGAAGUGACCUUCCGGUGCGCUAGUGAGCAGGAACCGCCACCACCAUCAAAUACCUCCAAAUUGUCGGCUUUGCAAAAACUGAACGAUCGAGUGAACUCUGCGGUACGCAACGAGACAAACCUUGGCUCGACCGCACCAACCGUGGAACAGUACUUCCGUCCUGCCCCUCUGAUAACGUCCCUGAAAGCGUACGUAUUCUAUCUGACGCUGAUACGGGUGGAAGGUUUCAAAGAAGCGGUUCGACAGCUGGAAACACUGCUGUUCCUGUUCAACGAACCCACCAAUCCACGGCAUCGCUUUCUACGCGAACAGAUCUACGAGCUGUAUCUGCAGCUCUGCAAUUCGCGUGUUAGUGGCUGGAAGGUGAGCACCGAGCGACCGGGUUCCGGUGAGAGUACGAGACAGCUUCUCGAUAUCGUCGAUCGAACGUUGCAAGACUUUCCAUCUAACCUUUACGCGUUGCGCUCGGUUGUGUUCAACGAGAGUGUACCGUGGUUCCGGUUGCGGCGCCUCCUCGGAAAGCAUCUUUCCCCGAAAGCGGUCCUCCUGAUGGUUAUCGGUGCACGGUUCCGGGCGAACGCCGAUAAUGCGGUGACAGCAGGAGAAACCGAUCCGUAUAAGCAACGGAUACUGAACCUAUUGGCCGAUGCCGUCAAGUCACCCAACAUACUGGCGCUCCAUCAGAAUGCACUGCUGUGGCGGUUGUAUCUACGGGAACUGUUCGAUCAACCGAACGCACGACCAGGCUACAGUGUGCUGGAACACUGCCGCAGGACACUGUACGCUGCGCUGGAGGCGUGCCCCUGGAAUAAGGCGCUCUACCUGGACGGUGCCUCUGUGGCACCCCAGGAACUGUCUGCGUUGUUGGAUCUGAUGAUGGAGAAGCAGUUACGGGUGCACGCCAUACCGGAGGAGCUGGCAAUAUUGCGCAAUGAAUAGG